AUGGCAUCUGCAAGCCCGCCCGCACCCAAGAGUCGUGAUUCUGAGAAAGAUGGUACGGCUAAUCCCAGCACCAGUGCUGCAGCAGACACCUCAGACAUUGCUGCUUCUUUCGCUUGUCAACCUCGUACUUCCCAAUUCGAAACUGAAUUGGGCAAUUUAGAGCCCUCCUCCCCAUCAGCACCUGUCACUGACGCGUUCGACGAUUUCGAUAGUGUUACCGAGGUGGGCGUCGCGCGUCUCGCGGAGCCCGCGAUUGGAGAGAGGGCAUUAGGUGAGCCGGAACGCGCAACUGCCACUUCGCAGAAUGGACCGUCUUCCGCGGAAGACGCCAACGACGGUGAAGUUCCCUCGAGCCCCGCAGCCGCAGCUGCAGCUUCCGCGGGCGGCGCAGCCGGUGGGGAUGCGAACGUUGACCGCGCGCCGGAGGGCGAUGCGCGCAGUCAGAAAGCAGAAAACGACGACGGCGCGGCGAGUCAAUGCGGGGUUAACGAUCGGCGAGACGAGACGAAGGGCGGAGCGGAACUCGGUGAGGAAUCGCAGAGAAAUUGGGGCGACCAUGGGUCGGGACAAACGGCGGAGGAGGCGAAACGCGAAGAGCGGGUGACAGGGAACGAUGGCGAGGAGUUUGGCGAAGUCAAGGGAUCGGCUGCAGAAUCGUGUGAAGCGGGAGCAGCGGCACGAGAAAGGGAGGGGCCGGAGGAUGCUGCAUUGAAAAUCGAAUUGGAAGAAGAUGGUCGCAGGCAACAAACGGAAACCGAGCUUGUAACGGAUGGUCCAGUAACGGAUGCCGUGCUUACCACUGACCUCGUCGAUAAUGCUCCGCUACUGGACGAUGCCAUUGCUGACGGUGUUGAAAUAAUUUCGGAUAUUUCCAAGCUGGGGUUAUUUGAUGGGCCUGUAACCGGUGACCCUGUAACGGAUGUUCCUAUAGAGGACGGUGCCCUUGCCGAUGAUUCUUUUGCGAGCGAUGAUUUUCCCGAGGAUGACCCGAUAGUGGACGAUUCGUUACUGAACAAGCUUUAUCCAAUCCAAGACAUUCCGCCCUCUACAGACUCUGCAGAACUCGCGUCGUCAGCCGAAGCAGCUAUAGCCGCGUUACAAUCGCCGUCCUUCCCCUUCCCCGUCCCCACCGCCACGCUCCCGAAGGAAGCGCACCUGCUGCUGUCGCUGCUGGCGCAAGACGCGCUAGACCGCGAGCAGUACCGGCGAUGGCGGGAGCGGUUGCGCGUGGCGCAAUGGGAGUGGCGGAACGAGCACGAGCGGCGGAAGCGCGCGGUGAGGGAGGCGAUGGAGUGGGAGGCGCGGAGCUACGAGCGCGCGCAGGAGGACGAGGAGCAGCACAUUCGGCGCGCGCGAAUGGCCGCGCGAGCCGUCGCGAGCGGCGCAGCGGCUUAUGGCGAGCCCCGCGCGCCCUCCUUCCCGCCACCUGCCCCCGACCCACGGCUCUGGUACGAUGAGUGCUUCGACCCCGCAUACCCGCCGCAUCGCUUCCACCACCACUUCCGCAUGUCCCCCACCACAUUCGACCACCUAUUCUCCUGCCUGCUCCCCAUAGAAGGCGUCCGUCUCCCCUCCACCGCGCCCAAGAUCCCCCUCCGAAUGCGCCUCGCUGUGUGCCUGUGGCGCCUGGCCUCCGCCGAGCCGCUGUACUUGGUCUCGAGAAGGUUCGGGCUGAGCGGCGCUAUGUGCUCGAGAAUCCACCAUGAGACCUGCGCCACCAUCUGCCAAGCCCUCCUCAGGACGCAUAUCCACAUGCCGUCGUCCCCUGCUGAGCGUGCAGCCGCAGCAGGGAAGUUUGAGGAGGUGUGUGGGCUCGUGGGGGGGUGUGUGGCGGCGCUGCACACGACCCAGAUCGCCAUGAACACGCCUCGCACGGGCGAGAGCAUGCGGGAGUAUGAGAAUCGGCGGCUGUCGGCGCGGCGGCAGAAGAUGGUUUAUUCCGUGGCGGUGCAAGUGGCUGUGGGGACAGAUGGGCUGAUUUUGGAUGUGUCCGCUGGGCCUGGGUCGCUGACUGACACUGCACGCAACCAAAGCACAGCUGCUCUCGCUGGCGAGGCAGCAGCAGCACCGCAUUCGUCUGUAAACCUAGCGGAUCUACCUACCGAGUUGCUCGUGCGGCGCAAGGGCAGCAUUCCCAUACCCGACAGCAUGGAGCAGCUACAGAGGGCACUAGAUGGCAUGCGAGAUGAUGCGGGGCGCGGGCGAGUGGGAGAGACACGGCCGAGGAAACGGGGCCGGCCGCCUCUGCAUGCAAGAAGGGUAAUUCGUGAGGAGAGUAGGAGCUGGUGGGCGGGCGAGAGGGAGAGGAGGGUGGAGAUGGAGAGAGUGGGUGCUGCUGCACUGAAUGGGGAGGGUGGGAGUGGGGGAUUGGGGAGAAGUAUGGCAGUGGAAGGGGAUGUUGAGGGGAAUUAUAAUGCUGGCAAGGGUGGUAACGCUGGCAGUAGUGGCGCUGGUGGCAGUGGUGGCAGUGGUGGUGCUGGCAGCAGUGGUAAACGACUGACUAUAUUGGAGAGGCUGGGGAGGGAGAGUAUGUUGCCUGGCGACCAGCUACAAUAUAACCAAGGCGUUGAAAGGGCAGUGGCAGUGGCGCGCAACGCAGUGCGCCGGCUGCGAAGCAGAUGGAAGCUUUUAAGUAAGCGCGCGGAAACUAAAGUGGAAGAACUGCCGGAGAUUGUGGGUGCAUGCUGCGUGCUGCAUAAUCUGUGUGAAAAGCGGGGGGAGCGGUAUGACGUGGCGUGGGAGGAGGGUGUGGGGAAUGAGGAGGAGGAUGAUGCUGACGAGGCAGCCAAGUCAGCUGCUGAGGUGGCGGAGGAGGCGGAGGUGAGACGAGCAAGCAAGAGAGCGAGGAUGGGAGGGGAUCGGGGUGGGGGACAGGCAGUAGCGGCAGUGGGCCCUGGAGAAAGGAGUAGAUUGAGAGUGGUGGAGGAGAUGGGGCGGAGGAAGUGUGGGGGAACCAUCACCACAUCCCCUUCCCCCACCUUACCUCCCCCUUCCCCCCGCUUCCUCUCCCCCCUUUCCCUCCGACGCGCGUCUCACCCCACACUGAAAAUCUCAACCGACGUUGCACUUAUGAGAGUUCUCAAAAGGUCGUAUCUGACGUUGCAGGUGGUUGUUGAGAAUUCUCAAACCCCGUCCCUCUCCCUCCCCAUCUCCCUAUUCCGCGCGCCUCACCUCCGACAGGAGUCCUGUCUAGAGCUGCUCGAGGUCUUACCCGACGGUGCGCUCUCGUCAGUGUGCGAGCAGCCAGUGUUUGGCACCAUCAUCGCGCUGCAGACCCUCCCGCCCAACCCGCACAUCCUCCCCCCGCCUCCGCCGUCUCACCAGCCCCCGCACUCUGCCGCUACCGCCGCCGGCGCUGGCGCCGCCUCCGCCCCCCCGCCCACCCCCCCUCUCGCGGCCUUCCCGCUCCCCGUGUCCCUGUCGCCGUACCUUCCGCCGUUCCGCGCGUUCUCCCCGUCGCGCCCGCUGGGGGGAAUGUCGCCGGGGGGAGGGGGGUCGCUGGCGCAGCUGAUGGGGGGGGCGGCAGGGGGGGCAGGAGGGAGCAGUCCGGGCGCGAAGUACGCGGGGAGGGACAUGCUAGCAGUGCUGUCGGAUUCGGGCAAGCUCUCCAUCCUGGCUUUCGAUCCUGACCUCAACAGAGGCAGGGCGGUGGCAGUGGCGGCAAUGGAAGGGCGAGUGGCGGUGCUGCCGGUGCUGCACUCGCACGCAUGCGACAGGCUCAUUGCCAAGCCCAUUGUGUUCCCCUCGUCCGCCUCCUCCUCCUCUCUACCCGCCUCCCCUGCCACCAUACCCGCAGCAGCACCCCGCUCCACACACACUCACAAUCACACACCACCGCGCUCCACCUCUCCCCUCUCUCAUCUCCUCAGCAACCAGCCCCCAACCAUCACUCUCGGCACCAUCUGGAGCAUCGCCUUUGUCUCCUCCGCACCACUCCGCACCGCUUCAAACCGUCCUGCACCUGCCGCCACCGCUGCUGCUUCUGGUGGUGCAGGGGAUACUGCCAGCAUUCCAGUUGCUCCAUCCGCCGCUGCUGCUGCUGCUGCUUCUGCUGGCGCUGCUGCUAUUGCCAGCACAGCACAAGGCACAACCCCUCCUGCCGUCUCUCCUGCCUUCCGUGCCCCCACGUCGCUCCCCUCCGCACCACCCCUGCCACUGCUGUACCUCCCCCCACCUGCCAACGUCCUCAUGUCUCCCUGCGCCUCUGCAAUGCAUGCUGCAGCAGCAGCAGCGGCAGCAGGGGAUGCUCCCAGUCCUGCUUUGCUCCCUGCUCACGGCACUUACCAGCAGCAUCAGCCGCAGCAGCACCAGCGUCAGCAGCAGCAGGUGGUGGUGGGGGGAAAAGAAGGGUUCGGUCCCUUGUACCUUGCAGUGCUUUCACACAGCAAGGGCUCCUCUUCCUUUGACCUGGUUCUGCUGCGCUGUGAUCCUGCUCUCGCCUCCCUCCGCCCUGCCUCCUCUCUCUCCAUCCCCGCCCGACCCUGCCCCAUGCAUCUCGUCACCCCCCCCCGCACCCCCAACACCCUUCUGCUGCUGCGUGAGGGGAGUGUGGUGGUGGUUGAAUCCCCUAGCCUGCCCUCCGGUUCUCCUGUCCUAUCGGCUGCUCUCUCUGUCCGCUCGGCCCCCCUCGCGCCUUCGCCCUUUGCACGCCUUGCCCGGGAUGCAGUCAGGCAUGCUCUGGUGCAGGGGCGGCGUUAUGUGGAGGAGAAUGGUGGGAAGGGGUACCUGGGGGAGGUGGUAACUGGAGAGGCAGUAGCUGGGCUGGUCGCAGUGGGGGGAGAAUUGGGUGGAAGAGUGGAGGAUAGGCAAGUGGGGGAGGUGAGGGACAGGUGGAGGAUUAGGGGGGGUUGGACUGGGACAGAAGGAGGGGCGAGUGGGAGUGAGGUGGUGAGGUGCGUGGAGCGGUGUGGGGGGGACGAUGUGGGAAAGAGGAGUCUGGGCGAUGUGGAGGAGGAUGAGAAGCACGGUCGGCAGCAGCGAGAGCAGCAGUGGUGGAAGCAGUGUGGGAGGAGUGGUGUGAGGUGUGUAGUAAAGGAGGAAAGACUCAUCCUCUGCACGGACCAAGGCACUCUUCACGUGCUUUCCCUUCAGCACCACACACCCUCUUCCGCCUCCUCCUCCUCUUCCUCCCCCGCCCUGUCUUCCGCCUCUGCCUCCUUUCGUUCCACCACCUCCGCGCUCACCCCCGCACUCACACCCACCUCCCCCCUCUCCGCCUCCCCCGGUAGCCCUCGCCUCCCGUCCCCCGUUCCGCCCACCUCCCGCGCCUCCCCCCCGUCCCCCUGCUCCCCCAUGUCCCUUCAGUGCGCCCCUCCGCGCGAGCAGGAGGGGCAGGGGGAGGGAGAGAGGGCGGAGAGGGCGGGGGAGGCGGAGGGGCAGGGAGAGGAAGGAAGGAGGGGAGGGUGUGAGGGUGGGGAGGGAGGGAGGGGAGAGGGCAAGGAGGAGGGGACGGUGAGUGAAGAGGGGUGUUUACAGGUGUGGCUAUCACCAAUGCUUGCAAGUGGAGUGGCAGUGGGGGCUGUGGCAUGGGCAGGACAACACACGGUGGUUGCUGCUGCUGCUGCUGGGUCAGGGUGCGUGUUCCAGGUUGGGGGGGAGAAGAAGGGGGACGAAGUGGAGGGGGAGAGGGGUGGGGAGGGGAGGGAAAGAGAGGCAGGGUUGGGAGGAGGUGGAGAGGAAGAGCAGAGGGAGAUGGGAGCAGGUGAUAUGGAUGAGAGGGAAGGGGGGUGUGGGGUGGGAGUGGAUGAGCAGGGAAUGGAAGCAGACCAGUGCACUCAUGACCCUACCACGCCUGCUGCUGCUGCUGCUGCUGCUGCUUCUGGUGGGUUUGAUGCUGCCGCAACGGGUACAGAAACGGGGGAGGUGCAGCAGAGGGAGCAGAGGGAAGGCAACAAGAGAGGGCCGGGGAAGGACCAAUGGGUUCUAAUGGAAUGCGACAGAGACGCAUCACCCAGCAAACGCAACACCAACCGCCCCGCCUCCCUUCCACCUCCCCCUCUCUCCCAUCACCCAACCCUCCCUCCCAACCCGCUCCCCUCAUCCUCCCCGCUCCCAUCCCCGCCAAUCUCCCUCACCCUCCAUUCCCCUAUCCCCGGCAUCGCACCUCUAAUAGACUUCACUUUAGCAGACCUGGGGGGACAGCAGCAGGAUCAGGUAGUGGCAGCAUGCGGGGAGGGGGAGGGCGGGGCGGUGUGUGUGGUGCGGAACGGGGUCAGUGUGGAGCGGUUAUUAUCAACCCCUCCCGAGUACCAUGGGGUCACAGGCACGUGGACAGUGCGGGUGCGGGCAGGGGACGAGCACCACUCGCUCUUCGUCAUGUCGUUUGUCUCUCAGACGCGUGUGCUAGCCGUGGGUAGUCGCUUCAGAGACGUAUCCGAUCAAGUCCCUAUGGAUCUCUGCUCGCCCACACUAGCAGCAGGUCGCAUUUUAGACGGGUACCUCGUGCAGGUAACACCUGGCCAGGUGCGCCUGUGCCGUGUGCCCCAGGCUCUCAUGCGGGGGAGUGAAGGAGGGGAGGGUGGAGGAGAGGAGGAUGGGGAGGCGGGCGCGGGUGAAGGGAUGGAGAUUGGGUUGGAUGGGGAAUGUGGGGGUGUUGGCGAUGGGAGGAGAGAAGGCGGGGUGUCGUAUGAUGGGCUGCUCUGGGUCCCACCCUCCUUCUCCUCCAUCACCUCCUCUAACGCCACUGCCGGCAGCAGUAGCAGUAGCAGCAGAAGCAGGAGCAGGAGUAGUAGCAGCGGCGGCAGCAGCAGGCAGCAGAUAGCAGUGGCAGCGGUGGCGAGCGGAGUGGUGCUAGUGGCGCUCACAUGCAAUCCGCCUGUGCUCGUCAUGCUCACAUGCUCCCUGCUGCCCCCAGCAACGCAGCACUCCCCCAUGUGCGCACUAGGUGGGGUUUCGGCGCAUGAAUGUCCUCCCCCGCGGGUGGGUCUGGUGGAGGUGUGUCGGUACUCACUGCAGUAUGAGCUGUCCUUCGUAUCCCUCGACCCGGCACACCUCUUCCGCCUCAUAGCCCUCGCACCCCUGCGCUCUCUCCCCCUCCCCGCUCUCGCUCGCAGCAACAACAGCAGCAGCAGCGGUGGCAGCAUGGGAGGGAGUGUGCCGGAGAGCACGUGCCUGUUGCUGUUCGACCAGGCGUAUGUGGCAGUGGGGUUACGCAACGGCACCCUUGUCAGGUUCGCAUGGCCGCAAGGGAAGGAACCACAGGCGCUGCUGCGGGCAUCGGCAGGGGCUCUCACUCCCGCACCCGCACGCGCUGCUUCAUCCACCAGCAACCCCCUCCCCCGUGCGGUCCAACUAGAGCUAGUAGCAGACCGGCAGCUGGGUCUGUCCCCCGUGGUGCUGGUGCCGCUGCAGCCGUCGCUGCAGUGCGAUGUGGUGGCAAUGAGCGAGAGGCCCUGGCUGCUGGUGCACUCGUCACACAGCAUGCGCCCGCUCUGCGCCUCCAUCUCCUUCCCCGCGUGCACACACGCUGCACCGCUCUCCUGUGCGGGCUGCACCAGCGGGAUUAUCUUUGUCGCUGAUAGGUCACUGCAUAUUGUGGAGUUAGCCAGGGCCCGUCGGCUAGAUAUGCACCGCAUGCCGCUACACGCCACGCCGCACCGCCUCCUGCUCCACCCCUCCUCUCACACACUCCUCGUCGCCUGCGCCGCCCCUCCUCCUCGCGCCCACCCGUCUCUCUCCUUGUUCCUCGAGCAACCGUCCCCGCCACCCACCCCCUCGUCGCCCCCCUCGCGGCCGUCCCUCCGGUGUGUAGACCCAUCGUCUGGGUCGAUUCUUUCGAGCUUUGAGCUUCCUGUGUCGUCCCGUACUCGCUCGCUGGCGCUCUGGCAGCCGCAACGACCGAGAUUGCGAGGUAGGAAGGGUGGGGUUGCGGGGAAGGGUGUGGUGCGAGCAGGGAAGGGGAAGGGGAAGGAGGAAACGUUUCCAGAGCUGAAACGUACGGAUCGGGUGCGGUGGGUGGGUGGGUCUGAGGGGUAUGGUGGACGGUUGGGUGAAAGGCGGAGGGGAGUGGGAGGAGGGAGGGAGCGAGUGCGGAGGGAGAGUGAGGGGUUGGGGGAAGGGAGUGGGGGGGAGGAAGGAGAGGAAAGGGGAGAGGAGGGGGAAUUGGAGGGGCAGCGGGGGAGGGGCGGUGGGUAUGGAGAGGGGCGGCAGGAGGGAGAAGAGGAAGGAGAAGGGGAGGGGGAAGAGGAGAUUCGGCAGCAGGAACCCUCCCCUCUCGCUCCUCUCCCCCACGCCCACACGCCUUCUCGAAUGGCUCUUUCUCCCAUUUCGCCCCUGCAGCAGCACACAGGGCAUCAGGCAGGAGGUAGGGGAUAUGGCAAGGAGGGGGAGGAGGAUGAGGCGGAGGGUGUGAGGGAUGGAGAAAGGGAGUUGGGGAGGGAUGGAGGGAAGGGGAAAGGGAAAGCGGUGGCAGGUGCGGAGCAGCAGCAGCAGGGGGGAAGGCAGAGGCGGAGGGAGCAUGGGAGCAGCAGGCAUGAAUUUGUGAUGCUAGGAACAGAGGAGACUGAAGGCUCUGAUACCGGCAGUGCUUUCCUCUAUCCCGUCGCUUGCCCUUUCCCUACAUUUGUCCCUUCUCAUCCCUUGUGCUCAUCCCCCUCGUUCCCCUCUCCCCACUCGCGCCUGCCCCACUCCCCCCCUUCUCUCCGCUCAAUCCACUUCAACCCCCAACCUCCUAUCGCUUUCCCCUCCCCUCCUCCCCCUCUCCGCCCUCCCCCUCUCCGCCCUGCCUCUACCUCCCCCUCCCCCCACGCUCCCAGGGGCACGCUGUAUAUGCUGCGACUCCAGCCCUGCACCGAACCUCUUUCCACCGCUCCUCCUGCCCGACCCUCUCGUCCGUCGCUCCCUCCCCUCCCUCCUCUCUCCACGCCUCUCUCCUCCUCACCACCGGUUACCUCAGCUGCAGCAGCAGGCAUAGGGGCGCCACGCGGAGGCAGUGGCAGUGGCAGGGGGGGGAGGUGGGGGGAAGAAGGGGGGGCGGGGGAGAGGCUUGGGGGGCUGAGUGGGGUGCUGGAGCGGAUGAGACGGGCAGUGGCUGCUGCUGAGCGGAGGGGAGGGGGAGAAAGCGGGGGAGCAGGGGGAGCAGGGGGAGCAGAAGUAGGCACUAGCACUGCAGGGGGAGGGAGGGGCGCAGGAGAGGUGGGGAGAGGGGGGGGAGAGGAGACGGGUGGAGUUGAGGAGGGUAGAGAGGGAAUGGCGGAGGGUGGUGCUGGUGGGAUUGGGAGGGAGAGAGGGAUGGGAGGGGAGGAGCAAGGGACGGGAUCUGGUGAGAGAAGAGGGGUGACAGGUGACCAGCAGGUGAAUGGCAGCAUGGGAUGGAUAGGAAGGAAUAGUGGGGAGGAGGAGAAGGAGGAGGAGGUGGGGGAGGGGGUGGGGGAGGGGCGACUGGCUGUGGGAAGCAGCGGGGCUGAUGCUUCUCGCGGUGGUGCUGGCGAGGGGGGUAUAGAACAGGCAGCGGCAGUGGCGGCAGCAGGAGAAGCGGCAGGAGCGGCAGUGGGAGGGUGGGAGGUGGUGUUGUUACGGAGUAUGCCCAUGCCUGGGCCAGUCUCUGCCAUCGUGCCGUUCCUGCACAAGUACCUGCUCGUUGCUGCUGGUAACAUGCUGUUGUGCUUCUCCUUCUCCCCCAAGGCAUAUCUGCGCCGAGUCGCCUCCAUCAGAACCCGCCAUGCCAUUCGCUCCCUCUCCGUUGCUCCGCCCACGCCCCCACACGCCCCUCUCCCGCCUUCCUCCGGGCCCCUCCCAUCCUCCUCCUCUGCCACUCCUGCCGCCGCCACUGUUACUGCUACUGCCACUGCUGCUGCUGCUGCUGCCGCUGCCGCUGUGCCUGCUCUGUCGGCCGCUCUGUCUGCUUCCGCCCCGCUCACUCACCACGUUCUGGCGGCGGACUCACGGGAUGGUGUGCUGCUAUACGCGUUCCACAAGGGAGCAGCACGGUUCGAGCUACUGCACUCAGACCCAUCGCACCGCCUCACGUCUGCAUGUCUGCUGCUCUCCUCCCACCCCGCCGCUGCUCUUGCUUGCGACCGCCGCGGCUCCCUGUGCCUCCUCGCCUCGCCACCACGACCCUCUCCUCCUGACCUUGGCCUACAUGCAGGGUGCACGGGCAACAGCCCAGAGCGGAACCUGCAGGAGCGGGCGUGGUUCUACCUGGGGGAAGGCGUGCAGGGUGUGAAAAAGGGUUCCCUGGCCUACCGCACCCCCCUGGCAUCCGCUGACCACCACCUCCCAAAGCAGCACCUGCAGCAGCAGCGUCAACCAGUAGAUGCACUGGUUGAGAGGGAGGAAGCAGGAGGGGCAGCAGAGGCGGGAGGGGGCAUGGGCAGUGGCAAAGGGAUGGGUGCAGGGAGAGGGAGGGGUGGCAGUGUGGGCGGUGGGGAUUCAUCCAUGGGUGCUUCGUCCCUUGUGGUCUCCACUCUGCUAGGAUCGGUUGUUACGUUGCUGCAACUGUCCAGAGCGGAUUAUGCCCUACUGGCGCUCAUAGAGCGCCGUUUGGCAGAGCACCCACUCACAGCCCCCCUCCUAGGCAACAACCACGCUCACUUCCGUUCCAAAGGGGCUCCACCGCAUGUGGUUCGAGUGCUAGACGGCGACAUGCUGUCUCAGUUCCUCCACCUCUCCCCACGCCAGCAGCACCAUGUACUCUCAGGCGCCUCUGCAGACGCCGCCGCCUCCUCCCUCCUCGGCCCUGCCUACGCAGCUUCUCUUCCCCCCUCUGCUGCCAGCCUCGGCAGCAGCAGGAGGAGGAAAACCACCAGGAUGGCACGUACUGCUGCUGCGGGCAGCGGCAGCAGCAGCAACGGGAGCGGGAGUGGGAGCGGGAGCGGGAGCGGGAGCGGGAGUGGAAGCGGGAGUGGGAGUGGGAGCAGUGGCGGGGAGGGCAUGGUGGAAUGGCGGUCGUCUGCGCUGCUAGACCUGCUAGAAGGCCCCCGGGAGAGAGUGUGGGUGGGAGGGGAUGGAGGCUUGGCCGAGGCAGCAGGUGGCGCUGCUGCUGCAUCUGACGGUGGUGCUGGUGGUGCUGGUGGUGCUGGUUCUGGAGCAAACGUUGCUGGGCUGAGUCAGGAAGCAGUUAUUGCUACGCACUUGAAUCACACCUUCGUGGCUACUGCUGGGAUGGCCCCUGCUGCAGGAAGCGCUUGGGCAGAUGGAGGUAGGAGGAGCGAUAUGGAUGCCGAGGAGGAGGCGCCACAUGCAUAUCGCUCCCUUGCCUUCGCAGAUGCAGAUGCUGAUGCUGACGUUAAUAGUGUCGAAAUGGCAGCUACCAAGUCAUUCAUGAAGCAGUGGGUGAAGCCUGAUGUCUAUCCCCUCAUUGCCGCAAUGGGCGCAGGCCUGACCUUCAUGGUGUACAGUGGAAGCAGGGCCCUCUUCCAACCCGACGUCUUUGUCAACAAGGCGUCCAGGGUGGACAACGGCGGAGAGAUGUGUUCUGAGAAAGAAGGCAAGGAGUACAAGCACUCACCACUUCGGGAAUUUGUCAAGACGAAAUAUGACGUCGAGUCUACCAUCAGCCCGCACGUACCAGCGCAAAAGUGA